GCAAUAAAAAUUACCUGAAAGAAGACAAGGAGGCAGAGUGGACUAGUCUGCAGCUGAAAAGCCACUGGACAGAGACUACCUCCCGUUCAAGACCUCCACUGGGAAGAAAGUUGGAUUUGAACCACCUCUGGAGACAAAGCUAGUUCCAGGUUGCCCGGAAUGUCUCUACAUUGGCUAAUAACUCUGAGUUACCUUUCAGCUUCACUUCUCCUCCCUGCAACUCUUGGCACCCAAAGAAGAGAAGCUUGCAACUGCAAUGGGAAGUCCAGUCGUUGCAUCUUCGACCUCGAGUUACUCAGGCAACGGGGAAAUGGGUAUCGGUGCAUCAACUGUGUUGACAACACGGAGGGAACAAACUGUGAGCGGUGUAAAGAGGGCUUCUAUCGCCGGCAUCCACAAGAUCGUUGUGUGGCCUGCAACUGCAGCCCCAGAGGUUCUGUCAGUGCACAGUGUGAUACCCAUGGCCGAUGUCGCUGCAAACCUGGUGUAACAGGUGAUCAAUGUGACCGAUGCCAGCAUAAUUUCCAUUCCUUCUCUGAGGCUGGCUGCACAGCUGUUGGGCAACUGCAGAGCUCUCAGUGUGAUUGUGAUCCAUCUGGAAGCACAGGGCAGUGCAUUUCUGGACGCUGUGUCUGCAAGACGGCAGUUGCAGGAGAGCGAUGUGACAGCUGCAAGCAGGGCUAUUAUAACUUAAAUGCAAGAAAUCCAGAGGGCUGUUCUCCAUGCUUCUGUUAUGGACACUCAACUACAUGCUCCAGUGGGAAAAAUUAUAGUGUCCAUAAAAUUACAUCUUCAUUUCAACAAGGUGAUGAAGGCUGGCAAGCUCAAGAAAAUGGAUCCCCAUUACAGCUCCAAUGGUCUCCACAUCACAAGGAAAUUUUUGUGACAGCUAGAAGGCCGGGUUCCAGCUAUUUUGUCGCUCCAGCCAGGUUCCUUGGGAACCAGCAGCUGAGUUAUGGACAGAUGUUAUCUUUUGAUUAUCGAGUGAACCGACCAGGAUUUCGCCCUUCACCACAUGAUGUCAUCUUGGAAGGAGCUGGUUUAAGAGUCAUGACCCGAUUCAUGCCUAAUGGCAGGAUGCUACCUUGUGGAAUCAGCAAGACUUACACAUUCAGGUUAGAUGAACACCCAAGUAGUAACUGGAGCCCUAGGCUUAGUAACAUUGAGUAUCAUCAAUUAAUUGGGAAUUUGUCAGCUCUUCGGAUCAGAGCCACUCAUGGAGCUGGCAUCGGAUACCUCAGUAAUGUCAUUUUGGUUUCGGCACAGCCAGGCACUGGCUCUCCAGCCCCCUGGGUGGAGCAAUGCAUAUGUCCAACUGGAUACCAAGGGCAAUUCUGUGAGAAAUGUGCUCCAGGGUACAAGAGGGAGAACUUGGGUAACAUUGGGGCCUUCAGGCGAUGUGUGCUGUGUCAGUGCCAGGGAGGAGGAACCUGUGAUACAGAAACAGGAGAGUGUUAUUCAGGAGAUGAAAACAUGGAGCACCUAAGUGCUGCCUGCCCAACUGGGUUUUACAGUCUUCCCUGGGAUUCACAGAACUGCCAGCCAUGCCCAUGCCAACGUGGCUAUGGUUGCUUCAUCCUGCCAGGCACCCAGGAAGUUGUUUGUAACAAGUGCCCUCCAGGAGCCAGUGGUUCUCGAUGUGAGUCUUGCACCAAUGGUUAUUUUGGAGACCCCUUGGGUGAAAGUGGACCAGUACGACCCUGCCAACCAUGUCAGUGUAACACUGUUGACCCAAAUGCUUCAGGGACUUGUGACCGCUUGACAGGGGAAUGCAAGUGCAAGGAUGGAUUCUUUGGACAACCUUUAUCCACAAACCCAUCAGAGAGAUGCCGAGCUUGUAAUUGCAAUUCAGUGGGUUCUGAGCCCCUACGGUGUCGUGGUGAUGGGAGUUGCCUUUGUAAGCCAGGAUUUGAAGGGCAUAGCUGUGAACACACCCGUUGUCCAAUCUGCUACAAUCAACUGAAAACUCAGGUAGAUCAAUACCUCCAGCAACUGCAGGGACUUGAAAUGCUUGCCUCUUGGGUUCAGGCAAAUGGAGAGCCAGCAAAUAAUGCUGAGCUGGAAAGGAAAAUGAGGGAGGUCGAGGAGCUGCUUCAGCGAGUUUUGAAAGACACAGAGAUUUUACAAGCUACUGACAGGGCCUUGGGAAACCGAUUGUCUAAGAUAAAGUCACAAGAGUUCACUUACCGGAGUCAUCUGGAUGAGAUAAAUGAAAUAGCCAGUAGAGUGAAUUCUCUGCGCAAUCAGUACAAGAGUCAGGUACAAGAUGUCCAGAGGCUGGUUGAGAAAGCUUACUUGGAUUUUGAUCAGAGUAAAGCAAAGAUAGAAGGCAUGAUUGUUCCAUCUCCAGAUGACACUGGAAGUGGUUCGAAUGGGUUCUUAAUCCUAGCCCAAGAAGCCAUGAAAUUAGCCAACAGCCAUCUGCAGCUGGCAGAUACCAUUGAGGAAACAGGCAGGGCAGCAGAAGAUGCCUCCCAAGAGGCACGGGCAUUGCUGCAGGCCUUUGUGAGUGGAGGAGAUAUUGUGAUAAACUCUGCGCAAGGGCUCCAGAAGAAGUAUGAUGAGCUGAAGCUGCUGUCAAGUGAACUGGAGGCUGAUGCUACCCAAGCUGGAUCUAACGCUGAUAGGGUCUAUCAGGACAGUCAGCAGCAGCUUGGCUCUCUGACUCGUUUAGCAAAGAUUGACACAAGCUUUUUUCAGGAGGAGGCCAGACAGCUCCAACAGAAAGUGGACUCUUUAGCAGGCUUCAUAGAAACCUACAUGGCAGAGUACAAGCAGCUGAAAAGCAACUCAGGGAACUGGGAGGAAGAGAUCAAAACGUUAUUGGAAAAAGGACAAAAUGACAGACUGUCAUCAGUUCCAUUGUUGUCUCGUGUCAACCUUGCCAAGCAGAAAGCCCAGGAGGCAGUGAGUGCUGGUGAUUCUUCUUUGAAUGAAGUUGAGACUAUCUUGAAGAAGCUGAGGGAUUUUAAUUUUCAAGUGGGUGAUAAGCAAAAAGAAGCCUUGGAUGCCAUGCAAAGAUUACCAUUCAUCAUCAAUAAAGUUGCAAGUACCCGUGAAAAAUUGAGGAGUGUAGAAGCAACCCUAGGCAAGGCUGUUAAUGAAGCAGAGGCAGCCAGGAGAAUGUCUGCUGAAGCAAGGGAGAUUGCUGGGAACAUUGAUAAGGAGAUAGGAAGGCUGGCCUUGGAAGCAAAUCGGACUGCCGAUGGUGUGCUUGUCUUGGAGAGUGGGAUCAUGUCUCUGAAGCAUGAGGUCAAACUUGUGGGAGAAGAACUGCAAGAGAAGGCAAGGAAGAUUGACAUGGAUGCCUCCAUGGCUCAAGAGACAGUUGAGGCAUCCCAGAGGGCCAGAACCAAUGCUGUCAGUACUGGGAGUGCUGUCCAAGACAUGCUCAGGUUCCUAGAAGAUGUUUUGCGCAUGAUAGGCCAACCAGAGGAUGUGGAUGAGCAAGGUAUGAACAUGCUUGAAAUUAAUCUUGGCAAUGCCAGAACAAGAAGCAACCAGUUGAAAGAACUGAUGUUGCAGCUGGAGGAAACAGCCAGCCGGCAGAAGCUCCGAGUCCAGACGCUGGACAGUAGCAUUAAUGAGAUCCUUGCAGAUAUCAAGAACUUGGAGGUGAUCCAGGAUACUCUUCCUCCAAAAUGUUAUAAUAUACAACCCAUUGAGAGACCUUGAAGCCUUUGGAAGCAGGGAAAGCAGACUUCCAGCAAGCCCAUUUGCCAAGCCAUGGACAAACUUCAGGGUUAGAGAAGUGGUUUCAGAGUGAAAUGAAGAGAUGCCUGCCUUACAGGACUGGCUGCUUGGAACUCCACUGAACAGAUCCCUCUGAAGUUCUGUUCAUUGGGUUGGGAUGGCAAUUUCCUCACUGUGGCUUAUGAGUGAACCAUUACCUUUCAGCAGCAGAUAAUUUGAAGGGAAUGUAAUUCAAGCCCCCACUCUUGAAAAACAAGAGGGAAACAAUCUGGUCACAUGACAGAGAAGCUAACCAUAAAGAACAGAGUGUGGAAGAGACUGGAUAUAUAAGAUAGGUAUCCUGGGAUAUAUAAGAUCCUAUGUAUUUAUCUGCCUUCACCUGAGGGUGCUAUCUCAGAUUGGAAUCUACUGCUGAAUCUCAGCUUUAUCCAGCCCUUUGUCUUCCUUUCUUCAAUUGUGAUUCAGCAGAAGAAAAUGGAUGUUACACCCGUCAAAAUGUACUCUGUUCUGUUAUUGAAUUCUUAGGCAAUGAAUAACUAAUUUUUCCACUAAGCAUUCUAGAAAUACCUUUUCUUUCCAAAAACAUUUUCCCCCACUUCCAUCUCUGGUGGCUAUUAAGAUAAUCAUAUGGGAGAUAGAACAUAUACCUAUCCAUAGACCUAAACUAGUUUUACAAUGAUUACCUCAUGCCAGGGAUUCUGGGAACUCUAGUUCUGUGAUGGGAAGGAGAUUUUAGAGAUUUUAACAGAAUGCUCGGUAUGCUGGUCGAAAGACAAUUCCCAAGAUCCUCUGCAGAGAAGCUUGGACACUUAUACACAAGUUAUAUAGGCUUGUAUAAAUAGGCCUGCCUUUGGUAGAUGUAUUCAUUUUCCUUCAUUCACUUUUUCUCCACUUGCUUAAUGACAAACUAGGAAGGGAAGAAUUUAAUAAAGGCAGUGGUUUAAGAGGUGGAUUUUUUGUACAACCACAAGCUAGGCAUGGCAUCCAGACCACUUCUUUGUUAACUCAGAAGAUUUUACCCUUGUCCUGAGAUUUAUUACACACUAUGGUUCUACUCCUUCCCAUUGAGGUUCAGAAUCAGUUUCUGAAGUACAAAGUAGGAUCUGCUGAGUUAAAUUCAGAAAAAAGGUAGGAUGAAACUAUGGCACAUGAAAAAUCUUAAUAAAUGCUUUGUUGGAAUAGGAUUAAUAUGAAAUGGAUUAAGCCUCAAUUUGUGUUUGUCCAUAUUAAUAAAGCCCUCUCUGUUGCUAAAACAGCAGUUAGGGUAUAUCUGUGCAGGAAUUUCCUUCAAAAGGGUUAUAGUGAUCCAUCUACUCUCUCAGGCAACCUUAGCUAGAACAGGUGAAGCUGUAAAACAGAAUCAAAACCCAGCAGGAAGUAACCCUAUAGACUUUUAAUCUUUUUACUGGUAGCCCCAUUCAGUCACUUUGGGCAUAAGGCAGAUACUUCUCUGGCCAGUCCUUUGCAAAGGGUUAUAUCUGAGUCCUUGUAUAUGCAAGGUAUGUGCUGUAUUAUUCAACUACACCAAUCAAAUCCACCAUUUGCCAUUAAUUAUUUUGGGUCAGUCAUACUCUCUCUGCCUAGUGGUACCCCACAAGUUUGUUGUUACAGGAAAAAUUGAAAUUGAAAGACCAUGCCCCUGAGGUAAAAGCAGGAUAUCUAUUUGUCCAAUAAAAAUAUAAAUUAUGCCAUCAUACAAAGCUAUUAAUUUGAGAGGUUGAGGUAGAGGAUAAGCCUAUGAUGUCAUUGCUUUUCUAAUGGGUGAUCCUGCUUCUACACCAAAUGCUGAUGGUGUGUUCUGCCUAGGGUAGUUGCCCGGCUGAACUCUGUACCUAUUUGUUCUUCUCUUUUCUAAAGAGAGAAGAACCCUUAUGUCAUAUUGCAAACAACAGAAAGUGUACUCCAAAUUUUCCUACUACGAAAGCAACAUUAAAAGCCAACAACAUUUC